AUGAGUUCCAGUGGGGAUGAAGAUGACAAAUUUUUAUAUGGGUCCGAUGAAGAGGAGAAGCCAAUUGUGAGUAACAAGAGACCUCAGGAGGGCGAAGUAGCAGAAUCUGACAAAAGGCCUAAACCCAACGAAACUGCCAAUAAACAGGAUAGUGAAUCUAGUGAAGCGGAAGAAAGUGAAAGUGAGGCUUCAGAAAGUGAUAGUGAUUCAGACGUGGAAUUUAUUAUAAGUACAGGUGCAGAUACUACGCGGCUGGACUCGGUAUCAGCGCCUGGAUCACAAGCAUCAGGUGCAACGCAGGCUAGUGGUAUAAGUGUAGCGACUGCGCAACCAGAGGAACCUAGUACUGGCCAGGAAAAUGCGGCUGUCCCGGCUCAAACAGGAACUCCAGGACAGCCUGCUACAGGUGAAAGUACCGUGGAUUUAAACGUUGAAGGAACUUAUGAAGGUGAACCAGUGACUAGUUUAGAUCCUGAAGUGCUGAAGGAAAAGCCCUGGAGACAGCCUGGUGCCAAUUUAAGUGACUAUUUCAAUUAUGGAUUUAACGAAUAUACAUGGAUGGAAUAUUUGUACAAACAAGAAAAAUUGAGACAAGAAUAUAAUCCUCAUAAGAUAUUAAUGGGAUUGAUGACAUUACAACAAAAUGGUAAAUUGAAUGGACCCACUGGGAUGGAAGGUGGUAUGGAUGUUGGUGGUGCAAAUGGUGCUGGUCCAAACAGACCAAUGCCACCACCAGGAUUCCCACCAUUACCAAUGUUUGGUGGUUUUUCACCAUUUGGUAUGCCUGGUAUGAUGAUGAAUCAAGGUCAAAAGAAAUAG